AUGACAGCACUCUCACAGUGCGGUCAGGGCCACUCUCAUAGUGCCGGCCACUGUCACAGUGCCGUGACCGCCACCCCCCCCCUCCCCGCGCCCCCGCUUUGGACAUCUCUCGAGCUACUAUCCACCGUCAUACCCUCCUCCCUGUGCUUCCAGCACCGCGGGUGCGGAGUGCGGGUGCAUCAGGGGGAGGUGGUCUUUGUGAACGAACAUGGGCUCAUGGGGUGGGGAGAGGCUGCAAGGAGGCGUGAGCAUGAGGGGACUGGCAGGGAGAAAGGAAAGAUUGAGGGGGGGAGUGCGGGGAUUGACGUGGUUAUGGGGGAGGAUGAGGACGGGGAGGGGAACCGGGAGGAGCAAAACAAUGGUGACGAGGAGGGAAGCAAGGGUACAAAAGAGGAGGCGCAUGUUGGGGAUGAAUCGCGCUGGCUGCGGGGCGGCAGCGAUGGCUUGCUGGCCGCUAUAAGGCGGUGUCAUCCGUCCAUGGCGGCACGAUACUUGGCGGGCGUGCAGGCCAUGACGGCGAGCUACAUGUCGACAAUCGCCGGCUUCAGCAUGGGCCUUUCCGACUUGGGAAAUGCGGUGAGGGAGAUGGUGGAGGCGGGCAGCCUGGGCUCGGCCAAGGUCAUCGCCCAGCAGGCUCAGCCCCAGGCACUGCUCCUGCUCGUGCCUCUCCUCACGUCUCUUCCCGGGGCUUAG